AUGUCCUCCGACAUGCAGCACGACACCUCUCUUGAGGCUGGACUACUGAGAAAGCAGCACCAGGAAGAAGAAAAGUCGCAACGUUCUGGAAGAGGUUUUGGAGACCGCGCCCUUGGACAUCCCGAUACCUGCCCCGGAACACAGGAGAACCGCAAAAUGUCGCCUCUUCGUCGAUUUCUUAUCAUUGCCUUCAUUGGCCUCGUGGCCUUGAUGGGCCUGGCCGCCGCUGGCGGACCCUGCCGUCGUGCAGGUGCUGUCCAGAACCACGCCGUCAUCCUUGACAAGCGCCAGGCUACUGGAAGUAAUACCACCAUCCCGCCCGCCAACUCGAACCAGGCCAGCGAGAGCCAGCAGAGCAACACUGGCGCUACCCAGACCGUUGACAACACCGUCACUUCAACAGUCGUGACAACUGAGACGGUUCACCAGCCUGGCGGCAGCCCUACUGGGACUUCAUCAACCGGAAAAUCGGAGCCCGGAUCUUCCUCGCCUGCUUCUUCGCCGAGUUCAUCCAGCCCGGUCUCGUCUCCCCCGGCGUCUUCACAAGGUCCUUCAAGCAACCCGCCAACAUCUGUCCCGACUUCCCAGGCCCCUCCCUCCAGCUCUAAAUCGACCUCACAAUCGGCUCCUCCUCCGGUCUCCACCUCGGCACCAAGUACCUCAUCUACUCCCUCCGAGACUACUCCGCGUCGCACGAUCACCACCGGCACCGUCACUACCUCGAGCGCUGUGCAGGAAACCUUUACACGAACCAACGGCGACGGCGGUAUUGAGACCAUUACAUCGACUUCUUGGGUUGAGAUUCGCCCUUCAUCGACUGGCUCAACCGAUCCUAGCCUGCAGAACGCUGCCAAUGGCCGUGGCGCUGCUGGUUCCGUGGCUGUUGGUGUGGCGGGCAUCAUUGCCGGCGUGAUGAUGAUUUAA